AUGUGGAGAUUGUCGGGGGUGCCGUUUGGACAUGCUAACAUGGAGUUUUCUGCCCUUGUGUCAAGUUGUCGGACGCUGGUGACAGCCGCGAUCCACCGGACCGCGGACACGGCAGAGGCCGUGCAGAGCACACGGAGCCGGAGCCACGGCGUGGUCGUGGCGACGACCGCCGCGGCGCAGGCGACGACCGCCGCGGCGUCGCCGAGGAUCGCGGGUCCGAUCGCCGCGGCGGCCGUGGAGACCGUGAGCCGUACGACGACCGCCGCCGCGACCCCCGCGAUGACGACCCCGGCGGGGGUGGAGGCCGGGGGGAUGCGCCGCGUGUGGGCUACGGUUACGGGGGAUCGCGCGGCGGCGGCGACCGGCGCGAAGCCGGCCGGGGCCACCGCGGACGGGGCGGCGCAGCGGAGAAGGACGACGGCAGAGCCGAGGACCGACGUUGCUGCUGCCAGUGUUGCUGACGACUACGACGACGAGUACAGUGACUACCAGGACCACGAGGAGGCGCAGCCCCCGCCUCGCCGCGGGCAGCCGCCAGCGGACCGCCACGCGCCGCGUGAGCCCCCGGCCUCGCCGGAGCCCGCUGCCUCGCGCCGAGGUGGACGCGGCGACCGCGCGACCGCGCCGGCCCUGCCCCCGGCCUCCGCACAGCCUGCGCAGCCAACCCUCAUCGCCAGCGGGUGCGGGGACAAGGUCAUCGGUGAGUUCAUCAUGGGGAGGUACCUCCCGCACGACACCAACCACGGGCGGGUGGUCUACAGAAGAGACAAGAAGUCCAAGAACCACGACGUCCUCAUCUACUUCUGGGACGAGCGCGACGGGCCUGAGCUCGCCGGAUGGUGGUUCGGCCCCAGCGUGGGUGGCAGCCAGGUAUGGGCCUAUCACGCCAGCACCGCGGCGAUGACGCCUCCGAGCUCAGGCUGGCAGGUUCCCCACGACGGCGAGGUGGACAGGGUCUUCCGGGUGCGCGUGGAGCAGGACGGCGACGCGGGCUCACCCGCGGCCCCGCGCGAGGACCGCCGGGCGGAGCGGCCCCGCGCCGCGGAGCCGCCGCCCAGGGGCGGCGCCCGAGACGACAGCCGCGAGCCCGCGCCGCCGAGCGGCCGCGAGGCGCGUGGCGGCGGCCGGCGGGCGGCCGAGCCGGACGAGCGCGGCGGCCGAGGAGAUCUCGCGCGGUGGACGACCGCCAGAGGGAGCGCGAGCGGGAGGACGCGGAGCGCGCACGGGUGGAUGCGGAGCGCCAGCGGGUGGCCCGCGAGUUGGAGCGCGCGAAGCGGGAGGAGGAGACCCCAGCAGCGGCUGGAGGAGGAGGCCGAACAGCGGCGGCUGGAGGAGGAGAACCGGCGCAGGCGGGAGGAAGAGGAGGGCCGCCGCAAGCGCGAAGGAGGAGCUGAGGCGGCAGGAGGCCGCCGCUCGCCGGAAGGAGGAGGAGGACAAGGCCCGGCGGCUGGAGGAGGAGAUGGCCAAGGCGCGGCGGCUGGAGGAGGAGGUGACCAAGGCGCGGCGCCCCGCGGAGCGCGACGGCAAGGACGACGACAGGCGUGA